UCAUAGCUACAGUCAAUUACGGCACCUGUACUAUAUACUUUCCAGACUGCGACUGCGACUGCUACUGCUACAUUCCUUUUCAUCGAUUGAAGCACGAAGCUUCUAUCACACUUCUUAUCUUGGAUCGGAAAAAAUAAUGAUGAUGCAAAUCCCAGUUCAUCAAAUGAUAUUCAUUUUGCUGUUAUCCAUAUGCCGCGCAAGUACUGCUGCACCACAGAUGGCAAUAGGUGAUUGCCCAACGGAGUGUGGAGAUGUUAUCAUCCCGUACCCUUUCGGGAUUGGACCUGAUGCAAGAUGUUACUAUGACGAUUGGUUUCAGAUCGACUGCAACAACUCUACCGAAGGGAUUGGUACGCCUUUCUUGAGGCGUACCAAAUUGGAGGUGCUGAGUAUAUCUAUCGGAGGAACGCUUCGGGUGAACAGCCCCGUUACAUUCUUCUGCGAGGGAAAUAAUAGCCAAGCGGUGGAUUUAAGCGACAGCCCUUUCGUCUACUCUCAGAGCUUCAACAUAUUCACUGCAGUCGGUUGCAAUUCCUUUGCCUUGUUGAGUUCCGCAAACUCUGUUGUUGGAUGCAGGUCGGUGUGUGAUGAUCAAGGUGAUGUGAGUUGCAAUAUCAGUAGUAACUGUUGUCAGACUGGUAUUCCUCCACGCCUCACUGUGAUUAAUGCUAGUUCAUCUGAGAGUAGUACAAAUUGCAGUAACUUUGCCUUCCUCGGUGAGAAAGAUUGGUUCGAGUACAACAUUUAUUCAUCAUCAACAGUUUCUAAGUUUACAGCGGCCAUGAAGAGUAUGCGCAAGGUUCCUGUGGUACUAGACUGGCGCAUAAACAACAACACCAGGCCAUUUGAUUUAUAUAACAUGUCCAUUGUUGAUUUUGAUGAGUAUCAAAGUAAUAUUGGUUUUUACUACAUUGUUUAUCAUGAUAAUGAUGAGAAAUUGCUUUGGCCAUCCUCGUCUUGCUAUAUUAACACAGCAGUCGAUCGCUCGGAAAUUAAUUGUUCCUGCCACAGGGGGUUCGAAGGAAAUCCAUAUCUCGGGUUUUCUUCUUGUGAUGACAUUAAUGAAUGCCAAGAUUCUCAGCGAUACUGUGGCAAUCACAGCAAGUGCGUGGACUAUUAUGCUGGGUAUGCAUGCGAUUAUGAGGACGGGCGCCGGACUCAGUGGAGUAAGGCUAAAUUGAUCCUUGCCGCAGGUUUGAGCUCGAGCCUUGGACUCUUGUUGUUGCUUAUUGGUGUAUGGUAUGGAUACAAAUACCUGAAAAAAAAGAAUGAGAUAAAACGAAAAAAGAUGUUCUUCAAACGAAAUGGUGGUUUAUUAUUAGAAAAACAAUUAUCGUCAGGUGAAGUUAAUGUUGAGAAAAUCAAAUUGUUCAAAUCACAAGAGUUAGAGAAGUCUACCGAUAAUUUUAAAGUGGAUAGAAUUCUUGGCCAGGGAGGUCAAGGUACUGUAUACAAAGGCAUGUUGGAGGACGGGAGAAUUGUUGCUGUGAAGAAGUCUAAAAUAGUUGAUGAAAGCCAACUUUCAGAAUUCAUCAAUGAGGUUGUCAUUCUUUCCCAAAUUAUCCAUAGAAAUGUGGUUCAACUAUUGGGUUGUUGUUUAGAGACAGAAGUUCCUCUUUUGGUUUAUGAAUUUAUACCAAAUGGAACCCUUUCCAAGUAUAUCACAGAGCAGACUGAAGACUUUUCACUCACAUGGAAAAUGCGCUUACGAAUUGCCACAGAAAUUGCAGGGGCUCUCUCUUACUUACACUAUACAGCUUCCUUUCCAAUUUAUCACAGAGAUAUCAAGUCUACAAACAUACUCCUAGAUGAUAAAUAUAGAGCAAAAGUUGCUGACUUUGGAACUUCAAGAUCAAUUGCUAUUGACCAAACUCACCUAACCACAUCACUUGUACAUGGCACAUUUGGUUACUUGGACCCUGAAUACUUUCAAUCAAGCAUAUUUACGGAGAAAAGUGAUGUGUAUAGCUUUGGGGUUGUUCUUGUUGAGCUCUUAACAGGACAAAAACCAAUUUCUUUUCUAAGGUCAGAGGAUGAAGGUAGAAGUCUUGCCACAUAUUUCAUUACUUCCAUGCACAAAGAUCGUCUAUUUGAAAUUGUUGAUGCUCAAGUUUUGAAGGAAGGAUCGAAAGCAGAUAUUGCAAUAGUGGCAAACCUUGCAAGAAGAUGUCUGGAUUUGAAUGGGAGGAACCGCCCUACAAUGAGAGAGGUCACAGCAGAGCUAGAAGGGAUUCAAACGACAGAAAAUACUUCUAAUGGCGAACAAAACUUUGAAGAGGUUGAAUUUGUCAAAACUGAAUCAGUCGAGCCAUGGGAUAUUUCUUCAAGUUCAACUGGAAUAAUAGGGUCAGCUUUGGAUGCUGGUUGGGUUUCACCAUUCUAUGAUAUCCCACUAUUACCUUCAAGUCUAGGUAGGCAAAAUAUUUCUUAGAUUUUCCCAAAAAAAUGCCCUUUGGUUUCACCUAUUUCUUAGUUGCAGUAUUAUUCUAAUUGUGUUCUGUAUGUUCUAAACAUCAAAUAAAAAUAAUCUCUUGUUUGCUACUUAAUAAAGCAGUGCUGUAAUUUGGGAGUAGUUUUAGUGUGCCUAACAUCGCCGCUUAUAACUAGGCACCUAAAGCUAAAUGUAUUAGAUUUUAAUUUGUACUUGUUAGGAACACAAAAUCAC